UUCCUGGCUCUCAGCACAGGAGUUUCUCUUUCUCUUCUUCCUGCUCAGCCAUUAGCUGUCAGCCCAGCAGCCAGCAGGAGCCAUGGGAAACUGGGAGUCCCACCUGUACACAGUGCCUGCUCAUAAACUGGACGGGCUCAUCCGGGACUCGCUGAGGCCCUCUGAAGACUGUCAGAAGCACAUCGACAGCACCGUGAACACCCUCUGUGCCGCCCUGCAGGAAGCCGAGCCGCUCUCCCUGGAGAAAAGUGUCGCCAAAGGUGGCUCCUAUGGCCGGAAAACGGUCUUAAGAGGCAACUCCGAUGGUACGCUCGUCAUCUUCGUCAGUAACCUUGAAAAAUUCCAGGAUCAGACGAAAAGCCAACAGGAAAUCUUCAAGAAAAUCUGGGAGUGUCUGAGAGCCUGUCAGGUCACAGGCCUGGAAGCCAAGGUGCAGAUCCAGAGGCCCAACAGUGGGCUCACCAUCCAUGUGUCCUCAGGAUGCCAAAGCAUCACUUUUGAGGUGCUGCCUGCCUUCAAUGCGCUGGGCUUAAGUGAGAAUCCCAGCCCCUGGGCCUAUCGAGAACUCAAAAGAUCCUUGGAUAUGACAAACGCUCAGCCCGGUGACUUCUCAGUGUGCUUCACGGAGCUCCAGCAGAAGUUUUUUGACAACCGUCCCAGAAAGCUGAAGGAUUUGAUCCUCUUGGUAAAGCACUGGCAUCUGCAGUAUGUGAUAAAGCAGGACAAUUUCCCCCUGGCGCCCUCAUAUGCUUUGGAGCUGCUUACAGUCUACGCCUGGGAACAGGGGUGUGGAGCAGAAGACUUUGAUAUAGCUGAAGGCAUCAGAACAGUUUUGGGGCUAAUCAUGCAGCAGAAGAAGCUGUGUGUCUAUUGGACAAUCAACUAUAACUUUGAGGAUGAGACUGUCCGGAACAUUCUGCUGAGCCAGCUCCGAUCGCGGAGGCCAGUAAUCUUGGAUCCAACCGACCCAACCAAUAAUGUGAGCAGAGAUGAUGUGUACUGGCAACAGCUAAAAAAAGAAGCUGAAUGCUGGUUGUCUUCUUCCGGCCUGAACGAGCCACCUGGACCAUCUUGGAAUGUUCUGCCAGCCCCGCUCUUCACGACCCCAGGCCAUCUUCUAGACAGGUUCAUCAUGGACUUUCUCCAGCCCAGCAAAAUCUUCCUAGAUCAAAUCAAGAAAGCUGUUGACAUCAUCUGUACAUUCCUUAAAGAAAAAUGCUUUCAACAUUCAACGACAAAGGUUCUGAAGGUUGUCAAGGGAGGGUCGACCGCCAAAGGCACAGCUCUGAAGAGCGGCUCUGAUGCCGACAUCAUCGUGUUCCUUAACUCGUUUAAAAACUACGCCUCCCAAAAAACCGAGAGAUGCAACAUCAUCAAGGAAAUCCGCAAACAGCUGGAAGCCUGUCAGCAGGAGAAGGAGUUUGAAGUGAAAUUUGAGAUUUCAAAAUGGAAGGCUCCCAGGGUGCUGAGCUUCUCUCUGAAAUCCAAAGUCCUCAAUGAAAGUGUUGACUUCGAUGUGCUGCCUGCCUUUGAUGCGCUAGGUCAACUGAAUUCUGGCUCUGCGCCCAGCCCCAGGGUCUACGCUGAGCUCAUCCACCUGUAUAAAUCCUCAGACGCCGUAGGGGGAGAAUUUUCUACCUGUUUCACGGAGCUGCAGCGUAACUUCGUGGAAUCCCGGCCCACCAAAGUGAAGAGUUUAAUUCGCCUGGUGAAGCACUGGUACAAACAGUGUGAAAGGAAACUGAAGCAAAAGGGAUCUCUGCCCCCGAAGUACGCCUUGGAGCUCCUCACCAUCUACGCCUGGGAGCAGGGCAGCAAGGUGCCGAAUUUUGACACGGCCGAGGGUUUCCGGACGGUCCUGGAGUUGGUCACAAAGUAUCAGCAGCUCUGCAUCUUGUGGACGGUCAAUUACAACUUUGAGGAUGAGACCACGAGGAACUUCCUCCUGACCCAGAUGCAGAAAACCAGGCCCGUAAUCUUGGACCCAGCUGAACCCACCGGCGACGUGGGUGGAGGGGACCGGUGGUGUUGGCACCUUCUAGCAAAAGAAGCUACCGAAUGGUUGUCCGCUCUCUGCUUCAAAGACGGGAAUGGACAUCCUGUACAAUCAUGGAAAGUGCCAACAGCUCAGACACCAGGAAGUUGUGCAGCUGGGAUGCAUCCUAUUACCAAUGAGAUGUUCUCACUCAGAAGUCGUAGAAUCCUGGCAUAAUAAUGCUAGGAGAAAUUUCUAGAGGUCACCUGGCAAUUGCUUUUAAAGAAUCAGUUCACUGUGUAAAAUAGUAACCAGAUC